ACGAACGUGUGGAACGUGCCCACCCCGACACUCACACGAGGCAAUCUGGCGACGUGGACCAGUCGCAGCUGGUAAAGCUGGCGCUGUCGACGAAGGUCGCUCUGAUCUUGUGAAUGACCGCAUGCCGACGAUGCAGGGAGAAUCAAAGAGUCGCAGAAAUGGGCCGAGGGCGAGCAAUGAGAAUGCGCAGGUAAGGACGGCACAACGGAGAAGUGCGUUAGGCCGUGCAACGAUUCCAUCGUUUCCAAAUCGAGAGGGAGGGGAAGGGUCGCGCGGUAGGUUCAAGAGGAAUGCCAGAUGCAGGGUGAAGGGCGACCAGUAUCCGCAGCACCGCCAGCCCAAGAGGCGGGGUGCAGUGGUAUCCAUGCAACAAGUCGGCACAGGCCAAACGUGGGGUGGAAAGGUAGUGGAACGGAAAGAAGGUCGGUCAGAAAUUGCAUCAUCCAAACAGCAGCGAAGGGGCAGAUGGCGAGCGCGGGUGCAGAGAGCGGAAACGCAUGGUGCGCAACCGCGCGUGCAAACGAUGAGUUCACAGCAAGUCUCAGAAAGACGUUGUCGAUCAUUUACGCGCGGACCCCGCCCGCAACACAUGCGGGAUGCCGGAAUGAAACAGCAUAUGCGCAACAAACGGCGGACGGUUGCGCAAUGGGUCGAGGGCUCGGGCAAAGGGUAGUUGCUUGGGCGAGGGGCGAAGAGUGAGCCGCCGGCUCUAAUUGCGCUAGCGCGGUUCCGAAGGUCACAUCGCGUUGCGAUGGCGCGCGAGCGCGCGCGCGUGGCUGCUAGUUGCUGCUUGACUCGCU